AUGCCAUAUCAACGAAACCUUUUUUGGAUAUGCAUCUAUAGUUCGUGCUCAUUAUUUUUCUUUAGCGCUUUGAUAUAUGAUUAUUAUGGACCGUACUCUAAUGACUAUGGUCAAUUAGCUAAUGAAAAUAUCUCGAUUGAAACAGCUCUCGAACAGAUCCCAACAUGUACUCCAGAUGAUCGCCCCCGUCAACGUGCUCUUCUCUAUACUCUUCAAAGUUGGAUUUAUUUUGCACAAAAACAUAAAAUUCAAUAUUGGAUAUCAUAUGGAACACUUGUUGGAUAUGUUCAAUGUCGUGGUUUAUUACCACAUGAUCCAGAUAUUGACGUUUUAAUUAUGGCACAAGAUACAUCACAACUUUUUCAACUUUCUCAAUUGAAUUUUUCAUCUAUUUAUAAACUCAAAGUUCAUCCACAAUGGUAUAUUGUUGGAGAAGACAAACGUUCAUAUUUUCAUUCUGAAGGCAUUCAUUUUGUUGCACCUAACGCACGAUUUAUUAAUCGAAAAGAUGGAAUUCAUGUAGACAUUUGGCCUAUGUAUGAUUAUGAUCCAAGUCGAACAAGAAUGAAAAAAAAUAGUAAACCAAUCCUUUCUGAAUAUAAUAAUAAUUAUAAAUGGAAAUCAUCACCAAGAGAAUGGACAUUUCCAUUAGAAGAAUGUCUAUUUAGUGGAAUGACAGUAUGGUGUCCAGCGCAACCAGAAAAACUAGUAGCUAAUAUUUAUGGCCCACUCUCUGUUAAUAUAUCAUCAACUACAUGUGUUAAUGGUUCAUGGGUAGAUUCGGAUAAUUAUCAGUUAGCAAAAUCAAUGUUGAAUAAAAAUGUUAUCACCAAGACAACGAAUAAUAAAGAAGUAUAUUAA